CUGAUGUCUGCACCCCACCGUCACCUGACCCCGCACUGCCACACACACAGAGGUUUACCUUAUAUGGACAUCCGGACAUCCUGUUUGUCCCCACAACAUGACACAACAUGACCACAGAGGGUCGGACAGUUGGAGAGGGGACGGCUGCUCAGACAGAAGUUAGAGGGAACGAGUGAGGACGUCUUGACGUGUUUCAGCUGCAGCAGGAUGGAGGUCCUGACGGUUCUGAGGGUUCUGCUGCUCCUGGUUCUGGUCCUGGGUUCUGUGCAGCGCUCUGGGUGUGUGCGGUGUUUUGCACGGUUUGACGGUGUCCAGGGUCGAUGUGAUGAAGAGCUCGGUGAGGUGGAUGAAGACAACUGCUGUCAGAACCCUCAGUAUGGUUACCAGGCAACAGACGGAGUGUGUCGGUCCUGUGGUCCUCCGGUGUGGUCUCCCUGGUCGCCGUGGUCACAGUGUAACGUCCAGUGUGGGGAGGGAGUGACGCAGAGGAGCAGAACAUGUUACGGUAUCGGCCAAUCAGAGUGUGAGAACCCUACGAACAAACUGGAGACAAAACCCUGUAACAACACCUGCUGCGACGGUAGGGGGUGGGGCCCGUGGCUCACCUGGUUGCCCUGCUCAGUGACCUGUGGAGGGGGCGGAGUCAGGAAGAGAGCCAGAGUCUGCUUCAGUCCUCCUGAGUGUCGUGCGACCUGCAGCGGUCCUUCAGAGGAGACAGAGAAAUGUCCAACACAAACCACCUGUCCAGUUCAUGGUGGUUGGUCCGGUUGGUCCGAUUGGAUUCAGUGUUCUGGUUCAUGUAUCAGUGGCCAAGGUGCUGAUGUCAUCAUUCCCUCCAGAGUGCGAUAUCGUUCUUGUUCGAGCCCCUCCCCUUCCAACGACACAGUGCCACUCGGCAACGAUUGCCCCGGAGACGAGUUCCAAUCACAGGACUGCAGCGAACUCCCCAACUGUCCAGUGGACGGCAGCUGGGGGGCGUGGUCUCCACCCGGGCCAUGUUCCGUCUCCUGUGGGGAGGGGCUUCGACUAUCAAUCAGGAAGUGUGAUAAGCCUGCCCCUCAAUACGGGGGUCGAGUCUGUGACGGGCCGAGCACUCGGAGCAGCGUCUGUCAGAGUUCCUGUCCCGUCGACGGGUUCUGGUCCGGUUGGUCCAGUUGGAGUGAGUGUUCUUCUUCCUGUAUCCCACAAGGACAAGCUCCCACUAGAUCUCGCCACCGCUCCUGUUCCAACCCCGCCCCCUCAACCAGCCCACCUGGCAAAGGUUGCCGUGGUUACAUCAGCGAUACAGAGAACUGCAGCCACCUGCCUCACUGCCCAGUGAAUGGAGGUUGGGGGUCUUGGUCCUCCUUCUCUUCCUGUCCUGUCACCUGUGGAGUGGGGCUUCAGGUGUCCGUCAGGAGAUGCGACAGCCCAGCCCCAAAACACGGCGGCCAGUCAUGUCCUGGAGAGGGACGUCGUACAAGCAUCUGUAAGACCAACGUCCACUGUCCAGUGGACGGGACAUGGUCAGAAUGGUCGGAAUGGAAACCAUGUAAAUUCCCGUUUGGUGGGCGAGACAUCCGCUGUAAGAAGAUCGGUGGCAGUCAGACUCGAGAGCGUGAAUGUCUUCAUCGAGCUCACAAUGGAUCCAUUUGCAGCGAGGGCUCCCUGACCGAGAGGCGGGUCUGCUAUGAUGUCACCAGAUGUUCCCCAAAGGGCAACUGGGAUGGCUGGGAGCCAUGGAAUCUGUGUAAUCCUCCCUGUGGAUCAAGCUCCAGACGCUUCAGGAAGAGACGCUGUACACCUGAUUACAGCGACUACAGUCCUACCAUUGGUCGUCUGAAGGAGCCAGCAAUAUUCUUUGGGAAUCCACUUGCCGACUGUGGCUCACCACCUGAGGGUGGACAGAAGGUUGAAAUGCAGCCCUGUGUCAACGUUCCCGCCUGCACCUGAACACCUGCUCACCAACGACUUUAACUACACCAACAUAUCCUGUUCUUCACUUAGUUUAAUGACAUAUAUCUCUCACCAAUUAGUUUACCAACAUCAACAUAUCAGCUCAUCAGUGAGUUUAACAACACAAAUAUAUCCAUCUCAUUGAUGAGUUGAACAUCACCAACAUAUCUAACUCAUCGAUGACAAACACUGUAGUUAAUACCACUUAUCACUUAUUUACGUACAUUACUUGAGUAAAUGUACUCUCCACCACUGUUAAAAUGUCUAGCUUUGAACUGACAGGUGUUCCUAAUAUUUUGUCCACCCAACUGAAACCAGUGAGGACAGACAAUCAUUUAGAAACACCCAACAGAUGACUCGCCGCUGAAUUAAACAACAUCACUCAUCACUUAAAGUUUUGUUAAUAAAGAAAACAGUCUGCA